AUCAUCACUCAGAGGAGACUGGGGUUGAGAGAGAGGGAGAACGUGAGAGAGAAAGAGAUGCCUUCAUCAUCUUCUGAAGCCAGAGCAGGUGGGAACCCAUUUAUGAAGGACCUGGAACCUCUGGCCCCUCACUGGACCCGUCUUCACAGAUCACUCAAAUGCGGAGGUGACCUUGGGGCCCUCCAGACUAAUCCCAGGGUUGCCGGGGGGCAAUUCAACAGGGCAGGCCUCGGUCUAGAAAUCCAAAGUGGGGGAGGUUUGCCCUCCAUCUGCAGUUCAUCUGUCACCAUUGGCCCGGAACCUCCAAAACAGGUGCCACCCUCACACCCUCGUUUCACUCUGCCAGGGCUUGGGAACCCUCUGGGCAAGGAUCACGGUGUCCUGCUCCUCCUCCGAUGGCUUACUGUUUAAUCACUAAUUCAUAAACCUACGCCCUGCUCCUUCUUUGCUCCUAUUGCGAAAUGUUUCACUUCCUCAUCUCCCGGCUAAACUGUCAGCUCUUGGAGGACUGGGAUCUUCCAUCUCUUAUUAUCUUCUCUCAAGCACUUAGUAAAGUGCUCGGCCCAGAGAAGGCGCGCAAAAAAUGACGGCUUGACUGAUAACUUCGCUCAUCUGCACGGCAGGCCCGUGAGGAUUCCAUAAACACUACCGGGUGGCUAGAAAAGCCCGUGCGAUAUUUAAAUCUCCUGUCGGGGUUCGGAGCAGAAGCGGUCUAAUCGCGUCAGCGGAGGCGUCGAAAAGACUGCGGCACCAAGGACAGAACCGAAAACGGCACUGAGCGUGACGGACGGCAAACGUGACGGCACCACAACCAACCCGCCAACCUCGACGUGCGCGUACCGUGGACGUGACCGUCGGCGUUUUAAUCAACCUUUUCCUCCACCCCCACAUGCAGAUGAGAAAGAGCCAACCGACGGCUGGUCCUCGGAUAAAGAUGGUCCCGAGCAUAUUGAGGAAGCAGUCUCGCCCUGCGGCCGGGUGCGACGGCGAGAGCAUCGGCAACUGCCCCUUUUCGCAGCGCCUCUUUAUGAUCCUGUGGCUUAAGGGAGUCAUAUUUAACGUGACCACGGUGGACCUGAAAAGGAAACCUGCCGACUUGCAGAAUCUGGCUCCGGGCACCAACCCACCCUUCAUGACGUUCGACGGAGAAGUGAAGACGGACGUGAAUAAGAUCGAGGAGUUCCUCGAAGAAAAGUUAGCCCCUCCAAGGUACCCCAAGCUCGGGGCCCAGCACACGGAGUCCAAUUCGGCCGGCGACGACGUGUUCGCCAAGUUCUCCGCGUUCAUAAAGAACACCAGGAAGGACGCCGAUGAGGGCCUGGAGAGAAGCCUGCUCAAGGCCCUGCGCAAGCUGGACGCCUACCUGAAUGCCCCCCUGCCCGCAGAAAUCGACGCCUACAGCGGCUCGGCCGUGCCCGCGUCCAGUCGCAAGUAUCUGGACGGGAACGAGCUCAGCUUGGCCGACUGCAACCUCCUCCCCAAGCUCCAUAUCAUCAAGGUGGCGGCCAAGAAGUACCGCAACUUCGAGUUCCCGGCGGAGCUGAGCGGACUGUGGAGGUACCUGAACAACGCCUACGCCCGUGACGAGUUCACCAACACGUGCCCGGCGGACCGGGAGAUCGAGUUCGCCUACCUGGACGUCGCCAAGAGAACCAAGUGAGCCAAGCGGACCGACGCCAUGACCGGUCGGCUCGGGACUGUAUACUCGCCGGGGCCGGGAACGUGUCUGUCAUAUUGUUCGAUGCUGUUAAAUUCUCCCGAGGGGUUAGUACAGUGCUCCGCACGCAGCGUUCAAUAAAUACCAUCGACUGCCCGACUACCCCAGCACUAAGUACGGUGCCUGGCACACAGUAAGUGCUUAACAAAUACUAGGGGAGAAAAGAACGGACAGAGCGUCUUAAGCCAUUUUCAUCCUACCUUGGCAGCCCAGCCCCUGGACGAGCGGCAGAGACGAAGAGCCGCAGGAAGUUGGCGGGGGACGACGGCAAAGGGAGCGGGUCACAAACAGAUCUUCAUCUGUGGAUUUAGGCCGCCGUGAAUUUGCCUGAUUAGAUGCUGCCGUCGAGAGGGUUCCUCCCCUAACAGAAAUUAAGGAUUCGAGAGGAUCAUUUGGCAGAAGGGGCCAUCGGGUGGAGCCGCUGUGAAAACCGCUCAGGAAACCUCUGCGGUCGGACCGCUGCGCGGCGAGCCCAGAGCUCCCAGACGUGGACAUCGGGCACGACCCGCGUCCUACUGGGUUUUGGGCCCGACGGACAGCGAUGACUCCUUUUAGCUGUCGAUCUUCUUCGGGACGUUCCCCUGAACGCUGACUCGGUCCACCGGUGUCCCCGUGAAAAUCUCUGGAUCUAGGUACAGAGUGAAUCUAAUCUGAGCCGAGAAAUAAACUAGGGCCUCUCAGGCCUUAUCAAUCAGUGCAAGGCACCGGGGCGACCCCGUGAAAGUGCAUAAUCUCCUCAAUCAGAGAAACCUGAAAAUAAAAGCUUACCUUCAGUUAA